UAAUUCAAAUUGAAAAAAAUAAUUUAACGAAAUUAUAUUAAAACAAUCGAGACAAAAUCUGGAACUAUUAGAAAUAAAAAAAUGUGUUCAUAUUAGUUUUAAUUAUUCUUUUUUGGCAUAAAAUGACCGAUAAUAAAAAGGCAAAAAGUGCUGGAAAACUGAAAUUAAAUUAUAUAAUUGAAAAUGAUCAACAACCGGUAGUAAUUAUUCGAGAAGAUCACGUUGAACGUAAACUUAAUCUUGAUAGAAGUUUGAAGGAUCUUUCAGUUGGUAUUGAACCUAUUGAUUACGAGAAGGAAAUUACCGUAAAAAAGAAUGAAAUAAAACGAGAUCCAUUAAAAAGUCUUCUGCUUUUUCCUGAUGAUGAUGUUCAGUUUAUCUGCAGAGAACAAGAGCUACGUACAGAAUAUUCAACUGUGCCUCCUCAGGCCCAUAAAGAUGCAACUGAUCUCUUUGUUCAAGAAUGCCUAAAAGUUUACACUUGUAAAUAUUGGAUUCUGGAAAAUAAAUAUGCAGAAUAUGGACAAAGCUUUCAUACCUUUAAUGAAUAUGGAAGAACAAAAGAACUUAAGCAGCAUAUUUUUGAACAAGAUCUUUCAACAGAUAAUACAGAUAAUGUCCAAGAAUCUCUACUUAUCCCCCUGAAAGAAAAAGGAAUAUACAGGGAAGGGUACUUGACAAAGUCACCUUUCCAUUCUGAUGGAAUACCUUCAUAUGGUUCUAAGACAUACAAAAGACGCUGGUUUACUUUAAAGCAAACAUCUCUUGAUGGUUCUUAUGUUCUUGAAUACAGAAAGGAAGAAGGUAGCGCUAUGGCUAAAGGUACUUUGUAUCUCGACUCGUGCACCCAAAUAAGAAAAGGUUUUAAAGGUAGGGUGUAUGGAUUUGAGUUGUACAUUCAAGAUAAAGUGUAUGGACUUGCAGCUGAUAGUCUGAGUGAGAUGGAAGCAUGGAUUAGAGAUUUAUGCAAGGCAACUGGCAUUGAAAUUGAACAAGAGAAGAAGUUUGUUUCUGAGUACAAUGGAAAACUUGUUCAUAUAAAACAAAAAAAUCUUAAAGAAAGUCUCAAAAAUAGUAGCCAUCCAGUCUUGCAAGAAUACGCCAAAGAAAGUGAUCAAGGAAAUUAUAAAAGCAGACAAGAAUGCCGAUAUAACUUAUUUUCAAUCUAUUCUGAUUUAUGUAAUAGCUAUAGUUUACCUGAAGUUAAGGUAAACAAAGUUGAACCUUUUAAUGAACUUCCAGCCAUUCGUUUGAAAGUUAGUUGCAAAAGUUUAAAGUUUAAGUUAUGUCAAGAAGAUUUAACCAACUGUGAACCUUUUUACUUUACUUUGUCUUUAUUUGAUGCUAAGCAUAAUGUGAAAUUAUCUGAAGAUUUCUGUUGUGAACUUAAUCACCCAUCAUUAAAUGAGUUUGCUGUUUCAAAUGAAAAUUCACCUUCAGGGGAAAAUAAUGAUGCAAAAGCAAAAAAUUUUCACAGUCCUAAAGAUUGUGUAUUUACAGUUAAUUCGCCUCAUUCAGAAAUAUACUUGGUUGUUCGUAUUAAUAAAAUGCUUCAAGGUGGAAUUGGCCAAUGCGCAGAGCCAUAUAUAAAACAUUUUGAUAAUCCAAAAUUUGUUCAAAAAGUUUAUAAACAAUUUCGCCAAAAUUGUAAAAGAUUAGGAGUUUAUUCAAUGCCUUUUGGUUGGGGUGCAAGAUCUUUAUUUAAAAGCAAUAAAGGUGAUAUUGAAGAGUUAUGUGAAGUCACAAGUAUCUUUAAACAGGAAGCUGCUAAAUUAACAGAUGAAGAACUGCUUAAAAGCUUGCAAAAUCUUAAGGGAGAAACAAAAAGCAAGCAAACUAUCCCUGGUUCUUUUGUUUACUCAUUGUCUCUUUUGCCUCCAAACCAUCAAAAUUGUUAUUCACCUUCAUUAAUACCUUUAAAACCAUUUUCACGAUCAGAUGAUGUGUUAGUCAGUUUACAAGUUCAGACAUUUCAUCAAGAAAAUAUUGAAACAAUAUCACCUGCAACAGAAUACUGUGCCAAUUUUUAUGUUUAUCCACUUUCUCUCAAUUACUCUCUCCAAAAAUCUGUCAAGGCCAGAAAUAUUGCAUGCACAAUCCAGUUCAGAGAUACUGAUGAUGCAUCUGCAAAGCCUCUUAAAUGCAUUUACGAAAGAAAUGGCACUUGCAAGUUUACUCAUGAAAUUACAUGUCCUAUUCUUUAUCAUACUCCAAACCCAACUUUUUAUGAAGAGAUUAAAAUUUUGCUUCCGCCACAAUUAACCCCUAUGCAUCAUGUUCUAUUUAUUUUCAAUCAUAUAAGCGUUGAACAACCUAAAAAAAAAGAAAUCAUGACUCCUGUUGGUUACUGUUGGAUGCCGAUUUUACUUAAUAAUGUUAUAAGACCAGAUGAAAGUUUCAUGCCUGUGGCAUUGAAUCUACCUAGUAACUAUUUAAGCAUAACAGAUUCAAGACAAAUAGAUGUUAAAUGGGCUGAUGGCAAGGGUCAGAACUUAUUUAAAGUGUCUACAAAGUUAGUUUCAACUAUAAAUACACAGGAUGCUGAUAUAAAUGCAUUUUUUUCACAUUGGCAACAUACAGAAGGAAAACCUUCUUCAGAUGUGGAAACAUCAAGACUCUUAAAACUUAUGUAUGGCGUAAACAGCAUUGUAGUCAUAAAAUUUCUUCCAGUCUUGCUUAACCAGCUAUUUCAUGUUCUUAUACAUGGGAACAACCAAGAUGUUGCAGUUAAUGUUGUUAGUUUAAUAAUAAGAAUUGUUAGCUUAACGCAUAAAGAAAACAAAUCUUCAUAUUUGAAGUCAUAUGUUAAGUUUAUUUUCAAAACUGAUGUUACUCAAAAUAAGACAGUACACGAAGAGUUAUCUAAGCAUCUUAUAUUUUUUCUUCGCCUUGGUGCUGAUCCUGAAAUGAUUGCAAAUAUUUUACAGUAUUCAUGGUUUUUUUUUGAAAUUAUGACAAAAAGUAUGGCUCUAUCUAGCAUGUCAGAUCUGAAACGGUUUGAGAGCAAAAAACCAAGAGAACAAUGUUUUAGUGCAGAUUUUCACCACAGUUUAGAAAAUUUGGUUCAAGUGUUUAUAUUUCAGCUUGUCAGUCGUGUAAAGGAAACCCCUGAGAUUAAAGAAGCUAAUUUACAUCUAGCUGCUUUUUUAAAAUCUGCGUUUACACAUAUGGAUCGUGGUUAUGUUUUUCAUAUUAUCAACUAUUUGAAAGAUCAAUUUAUUCCAGCUGAUACACAAAUGUUUGAGCUAAAAUUUGAGUUCUUACGGUCAGUUUUUGAAUAUGAACAUUAUAUACCAUUAAAUCUUCCAAUUGAUAUAAGAAUGAAGGGAGAUGUUCAUGAAAGCACAUUAAAUGACACAUUCUGUAGUUCACAUUUUCUUGUUGGCAUUUUGCUGAGAGAACUUUCUACUGCUUUGUAUGAGCCAAAGGUCGUACGAAAAUAUGCUAUUCGUGUUUUAAGAAAUCUUUUAGUAAAACAUGAGUUUGAUGAUCGUUAUCAAUCAGAAGAAAUGCAAUCUCGAAUUGCUUCACUAUACAUUCCAUAUUUAACUAUGAUGCUAGAGCAUUCAAUACGUUUCCAUAAAUCUCUUGAGCUUACAGAAGAUGGCCUAAUUCAUAUAAGUGAUGACAAAUCUUCUCCAAGGCGCAUCUCAAAAGUAUCAGCACUUUAUUCUGUUAUAAGCUCUUCAACUUCAACAACAGAUUCUACUGGUAAAAACCCCCCUAUACUACCUUUUGAUGAAGAUGAAGCAAAAGAGCUGAUGAUUUGCUUUUUAUAUAUUUUAAAAAGUUUGAAACCAGUGAUAAUUGUUGACUGGUGGCGUGAUAUUUUAACAACAACUAUAAAAAGAAGCCAUUGGGUUCCAGCAGCUACGCUAUACUAUGCUUCACAAGAAAAAAAUUAUGCAAAGUUUAUGGCAAUUAUUGGAUUUUUUGACCUUCUUGAAUGUUGUUUGAGUAUAUUCAAGUAUUGUGGUAAAAAGAUGGUUGUAGAAAAAAAUACUUCAGACAUUGCAAAGCAAUUUUUUGAAAAUAAAUAUUCUUCUAUAAAUAAGCAAUCAUUUCGCACUUCUGCUAUUAUGCGAGAUCAUGCAAAUCAUAUGAGAUCAAGCAGUAGUGCUAGCAAUGUUUCUCAAAUAACCACAAGUUCUGAAAUAUCACGAAACAGUUUGGACACCAACCUUUCAGCGGAAGUUUCUUUGGUUGUUUUAGAUAUGCUUGAGUUGUUUUGUGCUCAUUUCAAAUUUCAUCUGGAGCAAGAUGAAGGGGAUAACAUUUUAAUGAAACAGAUAUUUAAUGUUAUGAUGACAUUUCUUCGUGUCCCGCAAUCUGAAAGUAUAAUGAAACAUGUCUUUGCUACGCUUCGCAGUUUUAUUCAAAAAUUUCCAACAUCAUUGUUUAAAGGAAGUUCAAAUCUUUGUGGUGUUUUGUGCUAUGAGAUUUUAUGUUUGUGUAAUUCAAAAAUUGAAAGUGUUCGUACACAGGCUUGUUGUUUCAUGUAUUUACUUAUGCGUUGCAAUUAUGACUACAGUGGUAAUGGUUGUGUUAGAGUUCAUCAUCAGGUUAUUGUGGCAGUUUCUAAGUUAAUAGCUUCUGGCAUGAAUAGAGCGUCAAUGAGUCAAUCAUUGGUAACAUUGAAAAACUAUGCUAUUGAAGACAAAGGAAUGAAAACUACAGAGUUUUCUGGUGAAGUUCGAGAUCUCAUUAAAAAAGUACACACUGUGCUCCAUGCUACUUCACAGAUGAAAGAGCAUGAAGAUGAUCAUGAAGUUCUUGUUGAUCUUCAAUACAGUCUUGCUAAGUCAUAUGCUAGUACACCUGAAUUACGUCAAACAUGGUUAGAAAGUAUGGCCAUAAUUCAUGAAAAAAAAGGUGACUACUCUGAGGCUGCAAUGUGUUAUAUACAUUCUGCUGCGCUUGUUGCAGAAUAUUUAAAAGCUAAAAGUAUGUAUGCUCAUGGCUGCUCAAGUUUUAAAGCUAUAUCACCAAAUUUAAUACCUGAUGAAAGUAGACUUAAUGAUGAUGAAGGAGACACAGCUGAGACAAGAUAUACCCUGAAAAAUUUAAUUGAGUUACUUGAAGUGAGUGUUGAGCGUCUAAAAUUGGCUGAAAGAUAUGAGAUAGUUGGGGAAGUUUACAAGCUUGCUAUACCAUUGUAUGAAGAAGAAAGGAACUAUCAGUGCUUAGCAUUGGCAUAUGGUGUGUUAAAAGAAUCAUAUGAAAAAGUAGUUCAGGUCACAAUUUCUGGAAAAAGAAUUUUAGGAAGAUAUUACAGAGUGGCAUUUUUCGGAAGGGUAUUCAAAGAGAGUGAUGGAAAAGAAUUUGUUUAUAAAGAACCAAAAGUAACAUCUCUAUCUGAAAUAUCUCUACGGUUAAGCGAAAAAUACAACUCGAAGUAUGGCAAUGUAAAAUUAAUACAAGAUUCUUCAAAAGUAAAACCAGAAGAAUUAAAUCCAGCAGUUAAUUAUGUGCAGGUUUCGUUUGUGACUCCUUACUUUGAUGAAGAUGAAUAUAAGAGUAGAAUCACUGAAUUUGAACGUGAAAAUAAUGUUCGACGUUUUGUAUUUGAAACUCCUUUUACACUAUCUGGUAAAGCUCAUGGUGCAUUAGCUGAGCAACACAAACGAAAAACUAUAUUAACAACAUCACAUUGUUUUCCAUAUGUAAAGAAAAGGAUUUUGGUAGUCCAACAAGAAAUAUAUGAACUCUCACCAAUUGAAGUUGCCAUUGACGAAAUGAGAAGUAAAGUAAAAGAACUGAAUCAGGUUAUUUCCUUAGACCCACCAGAUAUGAAAAAAUUGCAAUUAAAACUUGGUGGUACAGUAAGUGUUCAGGUAAAUGCUGGUCCUUUAGCUUAUGCACAAACCUUUUUGGAAAGCACUAUUAUAAAAAAUUACUUGCCAAAACACAUUGAAGCGCUACAAAUAACGUACCGUGAAUUUAUUAAAGUGUGUGGGCAAGCUUUAAAACUAAACGCUAUAUUGAUAAAACCAGAUCAAGCAGCUUACCAAGAAGAUCUUAAAGAGAGAUACGCUGUUUUAAAAGAAAAAGUUGCAACUUAUGUUGGUGAGGGGAAUGAAGAACGAGUAACAAUACAGUUGCCGCAGCAUUCGGAUGCUUGAUACCAUUGUUUGUGGACUAUAUACGUUAGUAUUUUUUAUGACGUCAUAUUAAACAUUUUAAUAAAAUUAAUAUUUUUAUUUGUUAAAUAUAUUAAAUUUUUAUUCAAAAA